UUAUGGGAGAAGAACUCCAUAUGGGGGUGACCAAAGCCCAUAUCAAAGCUCUGAAAACCCCUCUCCCUCUCUCUCUCUCUCUCUGUCAAAGCUCUGAAAACACCUCUCCUUCUCCUUCUCCCUCUCCCUCCCCCUCUCUCUGUCUCACAUCCAUUCAUGGCUGCCACCAAAUUAGGAAGCUGUAAUAUGGGAUUAAGGUUAAUUGACAGAGAAUUAAGCAAAUCUGCCAUUUCUACCAGGCGGCAUUCACUCCACUUCUCCACUCAAAGGCUGCAGCCGCCUCCGUUGUGUUCGCUGUCCAUGAAUGGUUGCGGGGCCGACCCGACAUCUCCCGUCGGAAAAGUCGAAACCCGGACUUUUCCGGCCGUUUCCUCGCCGGCAUUGGCCAUGGACCGCCUCAGCUCCGCCGUCUCCGACAUGAAGUCCGACCCACCUCUCUUUGAUUCUGGAAUCAUCCGCCUCGAGGUGCCAAUCCAACAGCAGAUAGAAGCGAUCGAUUGGCUUCACGCCCAGAAGAAGCUUCUUCCCCGCUGCUUUUUCUCCGGUCGAAGUGGAGCCGUCGGCUCCGAUCAAUUCAUCGAUUCCUCAAAUGCCAAUGGCAAUGGCAGUAGCCGGAGUUCUUCGGCCCUUAGAUUGGUCAGUGUGGCCGGCGUUGGAUCCGCCGUCUACUUCCGGCAUUCCCGCCCUUUUUCCAUCGACGAUUGGCGGUCCAUCAAGAGGUUCCUCUCAACAAAGUGCCCUCUGAUUCGUGCUUAUGGGGCUAUCCGCUUUGAUGCAAGGACUAGCAUAUCACCUGAAUGGAAGGGUUUUGGUUCAUUUUACUUUGUGAUUCCUCAGGUUGAGUUUGAUGAGCUUGAAGACAGUUCAAUGCUUGUGACAACUGUUGCAUGGGACAAUGCUCUUUCAUGGACAUACGGAAAAGCAAUAACUGCACUCCAGUGCACUAUGGAACAGGUUUCCUCUUUUAUUAGAAGAUUACCAAAAGAAGCUCCUAAUACAUUCAUCCUCAGCAGCAAUUACAUUCCCAAUAGGAUGUCUUGGGACGAUUCUGUUAGGAGGGCUCUGCAAAUGAUAAAAAGUAAUAACUCACCACUUAUUAAGGUUGUUCUUGCACGCAGCAACAGAGUCGUGACUGCUACUGAUAUUGACCCUUUAAUGUGGCUAGCUUGUUUACAGGUUGAAGGAACGAACUCUUAUCAAUUCUGCCUUCAGCCUUCUGAUGAUGCAGCAUUCAUUGGAAACACACCAGAGCAACUAUUUCACCGGAACCGGCAUGCCAUUUUUAGCGAGGCUUUAGCUGGAACACGACCUAGAGGUGCAUCUGAGGCCCUAGAUCUUCAGAUAGAACUUGAUUUGCUUUCCAGUUUCAAAGACCAUCAUGAAUUUAGCAUAGUACGAGAAUGCAUAAGAAGAAAGCUAGAGGCUGUAUGUAUCAGGGUAUUAGUUGAACCAACAAAGGCAAUCCGAAAGCUCUCUAGAAUCCAACAUCUCUAUGCCCAAUUGAGAGGGACGCUGAGAAGUGAAGAUGAUGAGUUUGAGAUUUUGUCCUCCCUUCAUCCAACUCCAGCAGUUUCUGGGUUUCCCACAGAGGAGGCACGGAUUCUAAUUGCAGAAACUGAAACAUUUGACAGAGGAAUGUAUGCUGGCCCAGUUGGUUGGUUGGGAGGAGCAGAGAGUGAGUUUGCUGUUGGAAUAAGGUCUGCAUUGGUGGAAACGGGUCUUGGUGCACUAAUUUAUGCUGGAACUGGCAUAGUUGAAGGAAGUAAUUCAUCUUCAGAAUGGGAGGAACUGGAACUGAAGAUAUCUCAGUUUACAAAAUUGACGAAAGUUCAGAUGCAUCUCCUGAUGUCAAGAAAGGGUGAUGCCACAAUUAUCAGCUGAAGAGGUCCUUCAUGUGGUGACAGCAGUUUUGGACUUGGAAAGUAUGUGACUGUUCGACAAAGAUUGAAGAGUAUGGUUAAGUGGUGAUAGAUAAAUUAAGAGGACAUGGUAUCGAAAAUUCAUUGGAGAAAAUUAUAUCUGAUUGAAGCUGCAGGUCAAAAUGUCUCGUCCAAAGGACAGACCAAACUGAGAUUUUGCUUCUUAGGCUGGUUUCCCCUUCUCAGCUGAUAAUAAGCCUGUAUAGAUAUGUACAUUUUUUUGUUUCACUCAGUUCAUUAUUUUAUAAUGUGUCAUGUAUGAGCUCCUAGCAUAGGAGAUUUAGUGGAUUGGAUUGAAAACCUACAAGAGGCAAUAUCAAACAUUCUUUGAUGAGA